AUGUGUUACUACGGAGGAUACUACGGAGGCCUGGGCUGUGGCUAUGGCUGUGGCUAUGGCUGUGGCUAUGGUGGCUAUGGCUGCGGCUAUGGUGGCUAUGGCUGUGGCUAUGGCUGUGGCUGUGGCUAUGGUGGCUAUGGUGGCUAUGGCUAUGGCUGUUGCCGCCCACUGUGCUGUAGAAGAUACUGGUCCUGUGGCUUCUACUGA